AUGUCUUCCGCCUCCCCCGCCGCCGUCUCCGGCGAAUUCAUGCUCUUCGGAGUUAGAGUUGUGGUUGAUUCCAUGAGGAAGAGUGUUAGCAUGAACAAUCUAUCACAGUACGAACAAUCUCACGACAACAACAACAACAAUAUCAAGGACGAUAAUAAUAAAGACGCUAUCGCCGCCGGUUAUGCCUCCGCUGAUGACGCCGUUCCGAUUAACUCCGUCAGGAACCGCGACCGCGAGCGUAAACGAGGAAUUCCAUGGACGGAGGAAGAGCACAAGCUGUUCUUGGUUGGAUUGCAGAAAGUAGGGAAAGGUGAUUGGAGAGGAAUCUCAAGAAACUAUGUGAAAACAAGAACGCCGACGCAGGUUGCAAGUCAUGCUCAGAAAUACUUUCUCCGGCGAAGUAACCUCAAUCGCCGUCGCCGUAGAUCUAGUCUCUUUGAUAUCACCACCGACUCGGUGUCUGCAAUUCCAAUGGAGGAAGACCAGGUUAAGAAUCAAGACAGUGUUUCACAAGUACAGCCCAUGUGUCCUGCAGCCCCUGAAACUAGAAAAAGCAAUGAAUUUCCUUUUAUGUCAGUAUAUCAUUUGGGUGUUGGUGAGAGUCCAAUGGAAGAACUCACUCUAGGACAAGGAAAUGCGAAACAAAAUUUCACAACCAAUCUAUUCCAUCCAAUUCCUUUUGUUGUUUCAGAUCCUAAAGCUUCCACUGUCUCUGAUAUCACCUCUAGUUCAAGUUCAUCUAUUGAACCUCCAACACUCUCACUUGGGCUUUCCUUCUCAUCUGAUCAAAGGAAGACAUCAUCAACACACUCAGCUUUACACGCAAUGCCAUGUUUCAACAACGGAGAUAACAUCAUAAGCGUUGCUUAA